AUGGACUCAACGCCCGUGAAGCGCAGCGCAAACUGCAACCAAGCCUUCGCAAACCCACACUUCAAGCCCCUCUGGGAGCCAGACACGACCGCAGGCCGCAACGCCAUCAGGUACUCGCUAGCCCACCACGCGUACCAGCACCGCAUCUCCAACGCCGGGCUGUGCCGCUUCUGCACGGACGAGCUCACCCGCCGCGUCUCCGAGGCCGCGCGCCGCCUUCAGGCGAAGGGCCGCUUCCACGAUGACAAGGCGUCCAUGGACCUGUUCUGGCAGGACCGGGACAACGGCGACGCGCUGGCGGCGGGCGAGACCAUAGUGGCCGCCAACAAGAAGAACGGCGGGAAGAUCGCGGUUGUCGACCACCUCGCGGAGCUCUCGCUCGAGCCGGCGAGGGCGGGGCCGUCGUGGUGGAGGGAGCGAGGCGUCGGGUUCGAGGGCGAGCUCGGGGCCGUGCUGAGGCGGCUCCUUCGUCGCGCGGGGCGUCUUGGUUUGGCGGCUGCGAUGGCGGUGGCCCUCUCGACGCGACGCCGUGGGAGACCAGUCUGGGAGAAUAUUCCGUUUCCCCCGGAAGACAUCUGGCGUAACAAGGGUAGAUUCCUGACCUACUUUGAAGAGCAGUCAAGUGGCAUACAAAAUGAAAAGUCUCUUUGGGAUUACGCCCUCUCCCGCGGAGAGGUCAUCGCAGGUGACAAGGUAGUCCCUCGACCUCUUCCCCGAGGCUGGCAGCGCCGCUGGGCGUCCAAUAGCACUGUAUGGUACCAUGACUGCCGCGGGCAGCUUAUAAGCCGAGACGAGCAUCUUAAAUGCCUCCCGGAUGUGCCUCCGGCCGUCCAGGGUUCCAUCAUUGAUGAAGAGGAAGACUUGAUUGAGCUGUAG